GCCCUCCAUGCAGCAGGCAGGGUGCAGGAAGCAGUGGAAGCCAACGAACGUGCUGCCACCCUCGGCGGGGCACUACACACAGCAGGCAGGGUGCAGGAAGCAGUGGACGCCAACGAACGCGCUGCCGCCCUCCUCUCAUCCCAGAACCUCACCAGCCCUGCCACGUCAGCGCCCAGCUCCUACCCUGCCACGUCAGCAGAUGACACGUCAGCAGAGGACACGUCAGUAGCAGCAGCCAGCUCAGCGGAGUGGGUGAUGACGACGUCAGCGGUGUGGGCGGUGGUGGGGCUGUCGUACCAUUGGCUGCCGGAUGCUGACAAGGCUGAGAGGGCGUUCCGAUUGGCUGUUGAGGCGGACCCCCGGUGGGACAGGCGGGCAGACACCUGUAGGGCAAUAGGAAGAGGGAACCCCAAGGCAUACCAGGGCUUACCAGCACUGGGCAUGGCUGGACAGGCACUGAACCCCGAGGCCUCCCCUCUCCGCUGCUUCCCCCCUUUGCUGCAGCGCAGGAAUCCCAAGGCCUACCAGGGUUGGGCAAUGCACCGACGGAUGGCAGGGGACCUGAAGGGCACCAUUUCUCUCCUUGCCAAGUGGUUCUCCCUCUCCCCCAGCAACCCCAAGGACCACUCGUCCUCCUCUCCUUCCCCUUCCUCGCCUCACCGUGCCCACGUGUUGCUCUCCCUAACCGCUUAUCCCCUCCCUCACACCAGAGGCACCGUUUCUCUCCUUGCCAAGUGGUUCUCCCUCUCCCCCAGCAACCCCAAGGGCCAUCUCCCCUUUUUCUCCCUCUCCCACAGCAACCCCAAGGGCCAUCUCCCCUUUCUCCCUCUCCCACAGCAACCCCAAGGGCCAUCUCCCCCUUUUCUUCCUCUCCUUCCACUUCCCUCCCCUCAUCGUCCCACGUGCUUGCUCUCCCCACGUGCCUCCAUUUCACCCUCCACCACACCAGGGGCACCAUCCCUCUCCUCGCCAAGCGGUUCUUCCUCACUCCCCGCACCCCCUAGGACCAUCUUUUCUUCCUCUCCUUCCCCCUUCAUCCCCUCAUCGUGCCCACGUGUUGCUCUCCCUACACGCUUAUCCCCCUCCACCACACCAGGGGCGCCAUUCCCCUCCUCACAAAGUGGUUCUCCCUCGUGCCUCGCACCCCCAGGGAUCAUCUCGCCUUGGGCUGCUGUCGCCAGGCUCUGGGGCACAUGGCACAUGCGGAACAUCUCACCCUGGGCUGUUGUCGCCAGGCUCUGGGGCACAUGGAUGGCACAUGCGGUAUCCGCAUUCACUCGCAUCAUUGACGCCCCAUCCGACCCUGAAGAUGCUCCCAUCCUCUUCCACGCCUUCUACCAGGUAUCUGCCCUCACUCGCAUCAUUGACGCCCCAUCUGACCCUCUAGAUGCGCCCAUCCUCUUCCUCGCCUUCUACCAGCGUGAGAUCGCCACGUUCACGGCAAUGCAACUCGACAGCUCUUUUAGUGACUUCUCCAUCGAAGGCUCAUUCAGCACCAAGUUCCUGAACCACUGGGCGUACAAGAAGGAUCCGAGGAACCCCUUUCCCGGUUACACCAUGCUGCCCCAGGCUGCCUCUCUUUCUCCCCUCCCUCUUCCCUUAACCUUUCUGUUCCGUUUUGUCCCAUACCCUGCCCACACCCUUCAGAACCACUGGGCAUACAAGAAGGAUCCGAGGAAUCUCUUUCCCGGUUACACCAUGCUGCCCCAGGCUGCUGCCUUUGCUCCCCGCGGCCCGCCUCGACGGGCGGCAGAGGAGGAAUUGAAGGAGAGGGAGAGGUUGGUUCAGGCGGCGGAUCUUAUUGGUCGGCGAGUGCAGUACAGCAGUGUUGGCAACGUUAUGAAUAGGAGAGCGCAACGGGCAGCAGGUAUGGAUGCGCUGGAAGUGAUGCAAUCAGCACGUGCCACGUGGCGGCGGUGGGCCAGGGGAAAACAACAGCGUGGGCUGAUGGAGGGGAGGAGAGUUGCAGCUGCAGGGCAUGGGAAUGAUAAAGAGGAGGAUGAAGAGGAUGAGGAGGAUGAGGAGGAUGAGGAGGAUGAGGAGGAUGAUGACGAUGAUGAGGAGGAGGAGGACGAGGAGGGGAUGGGGAUGGUUGUGGAUGGGUGGAGAGGGGUGUUUGCCAUUGGGGCGAGAUGGAGGCAGCUGGUGGAUCCGUGUGUGCCGGUCGUGUGGAUGGAGAAACUCAGGCAUUGGGGCGAGAUGGAGGCAGUUGGUGGAUCCGUGCGAGCCGGUCUUGUGCAUGGACAGGCUCAGGUGCGGCUGGGGUGCAGUGCGGUUGGGUGUGAGUUGACGGUGAGAGGCAUUGGGGCGAGAUGGAGGCAGUUGGUGGAUCCGUGCGAGCCGGUCUUGUGCAUGGACAGGCUCAGGACCCUAUCAGUCCUCAAGGGCUUUAUGCAGCAGCAGCAGUAUGUGCUCUCCAACACGCACAACCAACGAAUUCCCCUCUCACAGGCAGAUGUCACCAGGGUAGAUGCAGCAGCAACGGAGUACGACCUGUUUAACAUUGUAGAGGCAGCAGCAACGGAGUACGAUCUGUUUGACAUUGUCGGUCAAAGCUUCUUUGUCGCGACUCCCUGCCACUCUGCUUCUGUGUGUCCCCUGAAUGGUCCAAGGCAGAUAGAGGCAGCAGCAACGGAGUACGAUCUGUUUGACGUUGUCCAGGCAACAGCAACAGAGUAUGAUCUGUUUGACAUUGUCCAGGCAGCAGCAACGGAGUACGAUGUCGAGGCAGCAGCAACGGAGUAUGAUCUGUUUGACAUUGUCGGUCAAAGCUUCUAUGUCGUGACUCCCUGCCACUCUGCUGCCGUUCCUGGGUAUUCUCUCCAUCCCCUCAUCCUCCCAUUCUCUCCAUCCCCUCAUCCUCCCAUUCUCUCCAUCCCCUCAUCCUCCCAUUCUCCCCAUCCCCUCACCCUCCUCUCUCUCUCCAUCUCCUCAUCCUCCUCCACACAGCACGGUGCUCAAUGCGUGGUGCUCAACGGUACAGAGAUCCCCAUCCGGGAAGUCUCCUCCCAUUUCUCUCUCGAUCUCUCCAUCCGCACCACGCGCCAUGUUGACCAGUUUGACUGCCUUGAAUGCAACAGUCUCUCUCUUCUCCCCACCUCCACCUCCCUUCCCUCUUCUUCCCAUUCCAGCUCGUCCCAUUUCUCUUUCGAGCUCUUGAUCCCUCCUCCCAUUUCUCCCGCACUACGCGCCGUGUUGACCGCGUUGACCAGCUUGACGGACUUUCCUCCCCUCCCUUCCUUUCGCUCCCUUCUCAGCUCCUCCCAUUACUCUUUAAAUCUCUCCAUCCGCACCACGCGCCGUGUUGACCGCGUUGACCAGCUUGACCGCGAGCUGGGGGCAGCAUGGGAGCACCUGUGCGGACUCAUGGCUGAUCGGAUAAGGACAGGCGGAGGGACGGGUGGGCAUGGAGGAAGGACAGUGGAAGCUGCCAUUCUGCGAGUUGCGUACUUUUGGUGA